AUGGAUUUGACUAGAAUUCGAACUCGACUCUCUGAUUCAUCAAUACGAGCUGCUAUCCCUUUGUUUCCUUCAUUUCUCUUUCUCUGCAUUUUCCUUCAUUUUUCUAUUCAUUUAUUUUCUUCCAUUUCUUCAUCCCUUUGUUUCCUUUAUUCCUCUUUCUCUACAUUUUCUUUCCUUUUUCUAUCCCUUUAUUGUCUUUCAUUUCUUCAUCACUUUCUUUCCUUCAUUUCUCUUUCUCGACAUUUUCCUUCAUUUUUCUAUCCAUUUAUUUUCUUUCACUUCUUCAUCACUUUCUUUCCUUCAUACCUUUUUCUCUACAUUUUCUUUCAUUUUUCUAUCCCUUUAUUUUCUUUCAUUUCUUCAUUCCUUUGUUUCCUCCAUUUCUCUUUCUCUACAUUUUCCUUCAUUUUUCUAUCCCUUUAUUUUCAUUCAUUUCUUCACCCCGUUCUUUCCUUUUUCUCUACAUUUUCUUUCAUUUUUCUAUCUCUUUAUUUUCUUUCAUUUCUUCAUUCCUUUGUUUCCUUCAUUUCUCUUUCUUUACAUUUUCCUUCAUUUUUCUAUCUAUUUAUUUUCUUUCAUUUCUUCAUCGCUUUCUUUGCUUCAUUCCUUUUUCUAUACAUUUUCCUUCAUUUUUCUAUUCCUUUAUUUUCUUUCAUUUCUUCAUCCCUUUAUUUCCUUUAUUCCUCUUUCUCUACAUUUUCCAUUAUUUUUCUAUCCAUUUAUUUUCUUUCAUUUCUUCAUCCUUUUAUUUCCUUUAUUCCUCUUUCUCUACAUUUUCCUUCAUUUUUCUAUCCCUUUAUUUUCUUUCAUUUCUUCUUCUCUUUCUCUACAUUUUCUUUCAUUUUUUAUCCCUUUAUUUUGUUUCUUUUCUUCAUUCCUUUCUUUCCUUCAUUUCUCUUUCUCUACAUUUUCCAUCAUUUUUCUAUUCCUUUAUUUUCUUUCAUUUCUUCUUCCCUUUCUUUCCUUUAUUCCUCUUUCUCUACAUUUUCCAUCAUUUUUCUUCUUCUCUUUGUUUCCUUCAUUUCUCUUUCUCUACAUUUUCCUUGA